AUGGAUGAUGUCGACAGCUUGGAGGAGGUGAUCGUAAGCGAUGCCACUCCAGUGAGUGCCACCACGGAGAAGGACUUUGUGGAGGAGUGUAAAACCUUGGAAGUUUCCUCGAAUGCCGUAAGGAAGGAGGAUAACAUCGUUGCCACCAAGGAGCAAAUGGAGAUGCUCUAUGGCUAUCUGAACUCUGAAGCUCGAUUCGAUGUUAGUCUAAUCUUUAGCAAGCAGUUCUUGCACGAAGGGGUCCGGCAGAGGGCACUUAAUGGUGUCGUGGCAAAAGGCGUUCCCAAUCCAUUUCCAAAUCCCUUGAUUGGGCCACCACCUGGCUUCGAGUGCGCCAAGUUAUAUGCCCGCAUGAAGACCAAUCGCAUGGGCAUGCCCCUGGGUGGCGUGGACUUUGAACUCGUACCGCCCAUCUACGAGAAGCUGUGGAAGUCGGAGGUGCAGCCACCGCGGAACGCUGUUGAGGGAUCUUUCGGCAUGCUAGGCCUGGCCAAGGAUCUGGGAUCAAUGACAAGAAAUCCGCUUCUGAUUCCUCAGAUUCUGGAGCAUGAAUCAAAUCUGAAUCUGGAGACGCACUGCUGUGCUGGUGGGUCCGGCAGCCUUCACUCCUCCUUCUCGGGGCCUUUCCUUCCGGGGCGAUGUGCUCCCCACGAGUUGAACUUCGAAGUGCCAAUGAACUAUCGCAUGGCGGGCCGAUUGGGCCUCCAACAGCCAAAAACGGAACAGAUGGAGGUGGAGCUACUGUUUUUCUUCUUCUACACCUAUCCGGGCGAUAUGAUGCAAUUGUUGUCGGCAGCCGAACUGGCGGAGCGCGGCUGGCGAUUCCACAAGUUCGAGCGUUUUUGGAUCAAGCGGCAGGCUGAUAAUCCCAACUACGCCUACAGAGGCUUCCAGGAGUCCGGUGAAUACAACUACUUCAACAUGUUCCAGUGGAAGAUACUGCCGCGACACUUCAAGCUCGAUCCCGAGCAACUGGAACGGACCAUCACCAAGGAGGAGCUGUUCGAGAUGCACGGCUAUCAUCCCCAAAUGGCCGGCUACUAGAGUCCGCCCCAGUCGAUCUCCUGAAGAAACCGUGAUCUUCCUAUUCGUCUCGUCGAUGUCGAAUUUUUUUAUACAACAAACAGUUUUUAAAUCAAAUGAAAACUUGAACAAACACUACGCUUGCGUUCUUCUACUUUCUAUAAAAUGAUUUGAUAGAAUUUUCUAGAGGAGAUGAUAAGUCUUUUUAUAAGCAUUUAAAAGCAAAACAAAAAAAUACAUACCAAAUUAUUGUAUUCUUUAUAAAGAUAUAGUAAAAUA